AUGAAAACCGAUGAGGUGAAAUCAACAAAAGUGAACAGCUGGGUGGAUCAAGUCGAAGACUUUUCCCCAGAAAAACGGAACCAGAAACUAAGCCUGUUCCAAGAAUUCUCUCAAAAUGCAACGGUACACGGACUUCGGCACACCUCUCAGCAUGGUCUGUUUAGACGUGGUUUUUGGUGCCUGGCCUUUCUCGGCAUGUUGUCGGGUUUGUUAUAUACAGUCUUCUCCCAGGUUGUUGUCAUACUUGAGUACCCGACCAUAACACAGCAGAGCAUGGAAUUCACGGCUGGUCUGCCCUUUCCGGCCGUCACACUCUGUAGUUUAAACCAAUUCCGGAAGUCUGUGGUUGGCGACGAUCCGGCUAUACGCCAGAUCCAACUUGCCAUGUCCGACUUGGGCCAAAUGAGCCCGGCCAUUAACUGGAGCGAUCCUAUUUGGAAUUAUACAAUGGAUCAGAAAGCGGUCGAGGAAAUGGAGUUGUACUUGGAAUACAUAGGUCAUCCUCUUGUGGAAACCCUCAUGUUUUGCUCUUGGGACAACAAGAUCUAUGAAUGCAAGGAUAUUUUCAAAGUGCAGAAGACGGACUUCGGUAUGUGUUUCACUUUCAAUGGGCGGGAGCAGAAUUCAACUCCCAGGUACUCUAUGCACGCAGGCAGCAAGUACGGUCUUACGGUCGUAGCCAAAAUAAUGCAGCAUGAAUACAUUCUGGGAUCUGACAAUGACGUAGCUGGACUUAGGGUUUUACUGCAUGACCCAGAAGAAACUCCUCUGGUAGAAGGAAGAGGGUUUAAUGUGGCGCCGGGAAAAGCAACCAAAGGCUCUCUGAAACUUAAGCAGGUAAACUAUCUUCCGCCGCCAUAUAAGUUACCGUUUGGGAUGGUGUGCAGAAAUACCUCGGCGCCGGACUUUCAGAACAUGCUGACGUUGUACGAUCGCUAUGACAUCAUGGCGUGCUUCUCGGAAUGUCGCUCUCACUAUAUCUACAAAGUCUGUGGAUGUAGGGCAAUAUUUGACAGAGAACGUUUCAUGACUGAGAACAUCUCCUGGACGUGUGGCUGUCCAAUCCCGUGUAAGAUGAACAUCUACAACGCGGAGGUUUCUAUGGGCGAUUAUCCGUCUUCUGCUCUAAUGGAGCAGAUACAGGCCAUCUUCAACCUGACCAUAACUGAGGCAGAGUUUCGGAGCAACUAUCUCAAGCUUACUCUGGCGUACGACGAAUUCCUGAUCGAGUCUAUUAACCAAGUUCCCGAGUUUGACUUCGAAUCAAUUAUGAGUACAUUUGGGGGUCAGUUGGGAAUUUUCAUUGGUGCAAGUCUGUUGAGCUUAUUAGAGUUCAUUGAGUUUGGAUUGGAGAUUAUCUUCUUUAAGGUUUUGAGGAUAGGGAAUAAAACAAUGCCUCGGACGUAA